AUGCAGUGCUGCUCCUCGCCAAACGCCACCGUGUGUGUUGUGGACGCCACGUCGAGCGAAGACGUGUCGGCGUUGUACGCCCCGUGGCUCGAGCGUCGCUGGCAUGUGGUGACGUGCAACAAAAAGGUAAAUAGCGGCAAUCUCGAGUAUUACACUCGGUGCAUGGACGCGACUAAAAAUGGAGGAGGGAAGUGGUUUGUCGAAGCGACGAUUGGCGCCGGUUUACCCAUCGUCAGUACGCUCCGAACGCUCGUCGCGACGGGAGACGAAAUCGAAUCCGUGCAAGGCAUUUUUUCUGGAACGAUGAGCUUCUUAUUCAACACUUGGGACGGCGAAAGCGCAUUUUCGGAGACCGUAGCGCUCGCAAAGGCGGCUGGGUACACCGAACCGGACCCACGCGAGGAUCUCAACGGUUUAGACGUCGCGAGAAAAGUCGUCAUCGCCGCGCGCGAGUGCGGCGUCGCGCUCAGCCUGGACGACGUCGUGGUGCAAUCAAUGGUACCCUCCGAGCUUGCGUCGUGCUCCGCGGAUGAAUUUCUCGAACGGUACGCUGAAAAUGACGCGGCGAUGGCUCAGGCCGCGGCGAACGCUUCGAAGAAAGGAUGCGUUCUUCGCUUCGUCGGUCACGUCGACGUCAAGGCGCGCUCGGCAUCAGUUCGUCUCGUGGAAUUCGCCAAGGCGCAUCCCUUCGCUACGCUUUCGGGCGCUGAUAAUAUUUUCGAAAUCAAAACGGCGCGUUACGGUCCCACGGGAGGAUCGACCCCGUUGAUCGUUCGAGGUCCUGGCGCCGGCGCCGCGGUCACGGCUGCCGGGGUGUUCGGCGACAUCGUCGGAUUGGCAAAGAAUUUGUCGCUCGCGUAG